CGCUGGGCGUGGGGCUCCCCGAAACGCCGGGCCGACUGCCUAGGAGUGGCCCGUUGCCCGCCGCCUGGGCCUGGGAAGCCUCUGCAGCAGGCCCGGAACCCCCUCCGGAGGAGCGCCAACCGCGGUGGGGCUGGUUUCCGAGAUACAGAUGUCGUUCUCCUUUUAACCGUCGCAGCAGAUUAGACAUUAUUGACCAGAAAUAAAAAAGCCUUUGGAGGCCAUAUCGUCUUCGAGAGCACCUUCUUAGAACCCAUUUCUGUGUUUUGAGAUCGCAAAAGUACCGUUUUCACAUCCAGAGCAAAGAAAAUACUAUGACUAUUGGAAAUGAGCCUGAAGGAAAUUUUAAACCUUGAAUAUGCAAAUUUUUGCCCUUGCAUUAGUUUAAAAAAAAACAACCAAAUUCUGAUAUUUAAUUGAUGCCUUUUUAAAAUACUAAAUUGUUUACUUCUUUUGCCUAGGUCUCUGUUGGCUAGUUGAAACAAAAAAAUAAAUAUGACCUUCUACAGUUAUAAUUCAUUCUUAGCUAUUUUGUGGACAAGAUUGCCUAGCCAUUUUGUCUAUCCUUCCUGCUCUCACUCCCCAUCACUUGCAUUUCUCCACUUGCCAGAUUCUCAUUUACGAACGACCUAUAUGAAAAGCUAUGGAAGCAGGAAGUACUCCUAUCCCAGUCUACCAGGCAAUAAAGUCCAUCCUUUACGAACUAGACUCACACAAAAACUACACACAACUUGUUGGCUACAAAAUCACCCCAGUAAACCUCAGCCAGAGCAAAUCCCAGAAAAGCCUAAGCCAACGAGCCCUCUGCCUCCCAAAGGAGCUGAGACGGAGAUUACAGAAGAAAAGCGAUCUUUUGGACAAAAAAUCAUGAAUGAACUCAAGUAUUAUUACAAUGGAUUCUAUUUACUUUGGAGUGACACCAAAGUUGCCGCCAGAAUAGUUUGGAGGCUACUGCAUGGACAGGUGCUAACGAGACGAGAGAGGCGAAGGCUGUUGAGAACUUGUGUUGAUGUCUUCCGAUUGGUUCCAUUUAUGGUGUUCCUAAUUGUACCUUUUAUGGAAUUCUUGAUACCAUUGUUUCUGAAGCUCUUCCCAGAAAUGUUGCCAUCAACUUUUGAAAGUGAAUCCAAAAAGGAAGAAAAACAGAAAAAGAAGAUGGCUGCUAAAUUGGAAAUAGCAAAAUUCCUUCAAGAGACAAUGACAGAAAUGGCGAGGAGAAACCUAGCCAAGCUGGGAGACGCCUCCUCACAGCUCUCCUCCUAUGUGAAACAGGUCCAAACAGGCCACAGGCCCAGCACUAAGGAGAUAGUUGGCUUCUCCAAACUCUUCGAGGAUCAGUUAGCCCUGGAACACUUAGAUCGGCCCCAACUGGUUGCCCUGUGCAAGCUGCUGGAAUUGCAGACCUUCGGAACAAACAAUUUGCUCCGCUUCCAGCUCCUGAUGACACUGAAGUCUAUAAAAGCAGAUGACGAAAUAAUUGCCAAAGAAGGGGUGAAGGCUAUGAGUGUGCCAGAGCUACAGGCUGCCUGCCGGGCACGAGGGAUGAGAUCAUUGGGCCUCACUGAGGAACAACUGUCGCAGCAACUCUCAGAGUGGCUGGACCUCCACCUGAAGGAGAAUGUCCCUCCUUCUCUUUUGCUCCUGUCACGAACCUUCUACCUAAUAGAUGUGAAGCCAAAGCCCAUCGAACUACCACCAAGUAUAGAG